AGAGCGGUCUGAGAGUAGACUCUCAGUCUUGCAAUAUAAUGCAAGCAAGACGCAGCGGUUUUUCCUUCACCAUCAGGGCCAGCGCCUUAUUUGGAAGCCGGCGUGCACAUCGCGGAGCAUUUUAUUGCAUCUAAAAAUGAAAGAACAUCUUUAAGACGGCUGCUGGGAAAACUUGAUUCAACACGGUCGUCUGGAGCGAUUUCAUCCACUCGAACCGCAGCAACUAGAGGACAUUUAACUACCUGUAGGAUUUCAGCGGUUCAAGGAAAAAAGAGCUAAAUAUUAACCACACGUGUACAGUACUUUCCGCGGUGCAUUUAACGUUUAUCUUAUGAUAAAAAAUGUUUUAUCUGGUGAUACAAAUUGGACCUUGCUAACAUCUGAGCAACACGCAGGUUCGCUCGGGUUGUUUCUCAAUCCUGAUCGCUCUGUGCAUCCCUUCGCCAUUUUAUGGGACUGAAACCUGAAAGAUUCACAGGCACCAGUCACUUCCAUGGAGUGAGCGCUCCUCGAUGCGUCUUCUCUUAAUAAAAAACCAAGGAGUGAAUCAUUGUUUUGUGGAAUUUCCACUGUGCGCCAUGUAGGGAAUCCGCAGUGUCCAAAGGACGGCGCGCUGUGUGAAGUCCGAGCUUUUGUCAUCGCAGAGAUGCCAGUGCGCGCUGUGCCCUCCAGGUUCAUGUACAGGGGACUGUGCUCGGUGCCAGACAUCCUCUCUUACGGAUCUCCUGUUACCCUCCCCGAAGAUGAAGUGGAAGAAAUCCGAGAGGCAUUUAAAGUGUUUGAUCGUGAUGGAAAUGGAUUCAUCUCAAAGCAGGAGCUGGGCAUGGCCAUGAGGUCUCUCGGCUAUAUGCCCAAUGAGGUGGAGCUGGAGGUCAUUAUCAAGAGACUGGACAUGGAUGGUGAUGGACAGGUUGGUUUUGAGGAGUUUGUAACUCUGCUUGGCCCUAAACUGACUGCAUCUGGCAUGCCUGACAAGUUUCACGGAACAGACUUUGACUCCAUUUUCUGGAAGUGUGAUAUGCAGAAGCUGACAGUGGAUGAACUAAAGAGACUGCUGUACGAGACAUUCUGUGACCAUUUGUCAAUGAAAGACAUUGAAACCAUCAUCAUGACUGAGGAGAGCCAUAUGAACAGCCCAGAGUGUCAAAUUAAUAUUGACACAAGCCCCAUGCAGCAAGUCAAGCACACAUGUGUGCGAAAGAGCUUGAUUUGUGCCUUCGCUAUUGCAUUCAUCAUCAGUGUCAUGCUUAUUGCAGCAAAUCAGAUGCUUCGACGUGGGAUGAAGUGAGUGGCUGAGGUAGAGUAAUAGAAGACAGUUCAAGAAUGUUCACAAUCACAGCGUUACAUUUCUAAGCUAGUAACUGUAAAGCUCAGGUAUGGCAUACAGAAAUACUAGCAAGGUUUUUCUUGAAGGUGCUACCUCUGAGUAGCUUACAGAACUGUUCUAGGUACUUAGUUGCAACCACUAGAAGCUAGAAUCUGGAACCUGGUUUAAGUUUUACCUGUGAAUCAUUGAGCAAAGUAUGUUUUGGUUUGGAUCACCAUAACACUUAAAACUUGCAGUGUAAAGUUUUAAAACUGAACAUCCAAUUCUCAUUUCCUAACAAUCUACAUUAGCAACCACAUUUUUAUUAAAAAAUGUGUUGUCAUGUUUUUUUCCCCACAAAUACUAGUUAGUUCUUACUCGAAUAAUUUAGUUAGUGCUGUGUAAUGUUUGUAGGGUGUUCAGGAACUGUGUUAAGUACAAAUCUGUAUUAAUUAUAAUGUAUAUAUCAGUAACCCUGAGAAAUAUCUGUGAGCAACAAAUAUAAGAGUGAGAUACUUACAAUAAAGCAGUAUGGAUUAAAGUAGGUUGUAUGAUCUACAGCAUACAGCAGACAUAAACUCUGAUUCAAUGUUUUUGUAAUGUUAAAAAUAAAAACCAAGCUAAAUCCAGAACAUUUACUUCACUUCCACUUUUGUGAAAUUGCAACCUAAAUUGUGAAAAAAGAAGUUGAGCACAUCUAAUAUUUUGCUAUUCCCUUUUUGCAAAUGCAUGCUUAGUAUGUCAGAAUGGAUGGACACAGAGCUCUUCAGGUCAUUCUACAGGUUUAUGAUUGGAUUUUAAUCUGGCUAUUCUGAAAUCUUGAUCUUGGUUUGUUGACGUAAUUUCUUGAUCUGGAGAUGUGCCUCAGGCUGUUUAAUGAAAAGUGAAAUUCUUUUCAUUUUAAGGGUAUUAGUUAAACCUUAAGGUUUUAUGUCAGAAUUGACAGGCAUAAAGUAUAGAGGUAUUUAUUAUGCCUUCCAGCCUUUUUUUUUUUAAAGCACUAGCUCCAGCUGGAGAAACGCAGCCCAAAACAUAAUGCUUUCACCAUGAGGAUGUUUCAUUUGGUGAUGAGUUGCAAUUUUGUAAUGUUGCUAUAGACUUCUUGGUAGCCGCUCUCCUGGCCUUUCCUUCAGUAUUACUUUGUGUUAACUAUGAAUUAAUCAGUCUUUCUACAAAUAUUCUGUCUUAUUACUAUUUAACAACUUUAAGUUCUUAAAAGUCCAUGGCUUUUUCUGAUUUGACCAAGAUGUCAAAAUUCUACAGGAUUAGCUUUACUUAAUUUGGGGUUAAGCAGUCAAGACACACCAAUACUGUUACUGUACCAAUUAGUAUUUAACAUCAGUUUGAAUAUAAUGGGCUGAUUUUUUUAUUUUGUUUUCUCUAAUUUCUGGUUGUUUGUUUAACAUGGUUUAAUUUUUCUCAUCACAAAAAUCUAUUUAUAGUCAAAUUAUGUCUAGAACAGUGGUUCUCAAAACAUAGUUCAGGGACCAGUUUAAAGCAUAGCAAGAUUUUUUCCUUUUUUUGUUACAAUGUAUAAGUAAUAUUAGCACAGAGAUUCCUGGUUGUAAUAACAAAUUCUGAUGCACUGUUUAUCCACUAUUUUACUUUAUAAAUAAUAUUAUUAUUAUUUAUUGAUUAUUUAAAAAUAUUUUCCUAUAUUUUUCUAAGUUACUUGCUGAAAUUAAUUAUACAACAUGCCUAACAUUUUAGGUGCAAACAAUAGUUUAGUUUAGCAAACUAUAAAAAUAGUUUAGCAAACCAUGAAUUACAUGUGCUGUUCUCCACAUAGUGAUCAUACUAUACUACUGAGGUUUUAUUGAUUGAUGCAAUCAAUCAAAAGGUUUUUGCAGAUGCACGUGUAUGUAAUGUUUGAACUAAUAUAAUAUAUUGUGUAAUGUUUGUCACAAUUAGCAUUUGUGUUUGAAAUAUGCAACUUAUAUGACAAAUUACUGUGAAGUACAGUGAAGCUUUAUUUAAUAAAUUUUUAUUUUAAAGAUGUCAGGACAACAAAAUCCUAAUUCAUUUCCAAACAUUCAAUAGUAAUAAUAUUACUGUUUUUUUCCUCAUUAAUGUGAGCAAUAUUAUUUAAACAUGCAUAUUUUUUUUAAUUAAACAGGUGAGAUGGUUGUUGGCAGAAAAUCUUUAGGAAAUCAUAUAAAAUGCAGUGGCUAGUUUUUUCAUACAUUUCAAUCUAUAUAUUUAGCUGCAAAUGUGAUCAGGUUUUAUAUAGAGUUCAAUCCAUAACAUCUUUAAAUUAACAAAGAUGUCAUUAUAUGCUCACCAUGUUAAUAUAACCACGUAAAAAUAUGACAGUAUUGUUUCACCAUGUACAUCUGAUGUGUGUAAACAGUAUGGAUACAUACACAUAAGGACUAUAAUCUUGUAGUGUGUGAGAAAUGUAGUGUGCUAAUUUGUGGCAAUGUUACUUUUAAACGUGAGCAACUUUAUUAAAUUGGUGGUGUUCAUCGGUUGUUUUUAUUGACUGAAUUUUUUACUGAAUUAUUGCAUGACAAUAAAGCUAUCCUGGAACUUUUUUAAGCAUUUUAAAAUAUAAUAAAAAACCUCAUUAAAAAUAACAAGUAAAUACAUUUUAGCACUUACUGUUCAUCAUUAACCAUGCGCAUAAAUACAUAAGCCUGAAUAACAAUUCAUUAGCAAAUAUACGAUGUUUAUCUGAGAAAUAGUUUAUCUUUAGUCUGUUCCAAUUAGGCCUGCAGA